AUUCAACAAGUAGUCUAGUGGCGAUCUCCGGGAGAAUGUUAUGAGGUACCUGAGUGGCACAAUGCACGCAGAUCCUCGCGCAACCGAAAGAGAAGCGCUCUUUAAACCGAACUGAAAUAUGUGCCGUUUCCCUAUUACAAAAGCUGAAGCGAUCUUGUCCCGACAGUUGAAGGAUCCUCGGUUGUGUCCCCGUCUCUCCUGUCCCGGUUCACGAUGCCUCUGGUCUGGCUUCUGAUGGGCGUCGUCACCACCUUCCUGCUCCUCUACGAUCCCGGGAUGACCUCGUCCACGGCCGGCCAGCUGCGCCUACCUCUUGACUGCAGGGACGCGGCGCUGGCCGGCUGCCUCUGCUCCGCGUCUCCCCCCGCUGGGCUGAGUGUGCGCUGCAGCGGGCUGGGCCUGGCCGCCGUGCCCCACGGCCUCCCCAACGCCACCCGCCGCCUCUACCUGGACGGCAACCUCCUCACCUCCGUCCCCGCCGACGCCUUCGCCGGGCUCCCCCUGCUGGCCGAGCUGGACCUGUCACGCAACCAGAUCGCCAGCCUGGAACCCGGGAGCUUCCGGGGGCUGGCGCCCACCCUCCGCUUCCUGGAUCUGUCCCACAACCGCCUGACCAGCCUGGAGCCCGGGGCGCUGGGAGGGCUCCGGGCCCAGGCCAACCUCACCCUCAACCCCUGGCACUGCGACUGCCGCAUGCAGGUGGCCAUGCCCCAGCUGGACUUGGACCCAGCCUCACUGGCCGGGGUGGUCUGCCACAGCUCGGAGCCCGAGGAGGUGGGCGCCAGAGGCGUUGCCUUGGUGAUGCUGGCGUCGGAGCUGGACCUGUGCGCGGUGUCGAAGCGCACCACCGACAUGGCCAUGCUGGUCACCAUGUUCGGCUGGUUCGCCAUGGUGAUAGCUUACCUGGUGUACUACGUCAGGCACAACCAGGAAGACACCAGGAGACACCUGGAGUACCUGAAGUCCCUGCCCAGCCGACAGACCUCCACGCUCAGCACCAUGGUGUGAUCUGCGCGAGCAAACGUGCUGUCCUGGAGGAGAAUGUGUGGUCACCCAGACUUAUUGUGUAGCAUAGGAAUCCAGGAGUUUAACGCAUAGUUAGGAAUGUUCUGGAAUGUCAGCACGAAACGCGUAGGUUUUAUUUAAAUGACAUAUUUAAGAAUUGACUGACUUGUGACUGUUUCACUGUUGACUGCCUGGGCAUUCUUGGGCUGGAAUGCACGACAUCUUUGACCCCCCCAGAGCAUCGCCAGAUAAUCGUAAGUUGAAGUUUAAUAGAAAGAGACAUUUGUUGUCAAUUUAGCUGCUAUCACUGAAUGUUUAGAUUUUAUUUUACGAAAAAAGUAGAUCCUGGUUGCACCUCAUAUCGUACUGUCAAAAAGAAAGAAAUGUUCAUGAAUGUUACCUCUAAACCGAAAAUGCUUUCACGUUUGUUGAUAACUCAAAAUGUAUAUCAAUGUCACGAAGAAGAUUAUUUAAUAGCUAAGUCCUUAAUUCAGUUGUCUGACCAAAAACAGAAAGCCCACAGGUGUGUUGGGCAGGAUUAUAAAUCUUCUGUAGCAACUAUGUAUGUCUGCUGAGACAAACCUGAAACGUACAAAUACUUGCAACAAAAAAUAAAACCUAUUUUUCUCCCUC